AUGUCGGCGUCAACCAAGAAAGUAAUUUGUGUUACCGUUUGCGAUCAUUGGAUUGGGUAUGGAAUCGCGAGGUCGUUACUUUUAUCUCAAAAUAAGGAUAGUGAUUAUACAAUCCGCGCAAUUGGACGUGAUAUGAGAUGUAUGAAAAUACUUGAGGAAUUUGGAGCUGAAGUCAUUCAGAUUAAUUACGAAAAUCACGAAACCAUUGAACAUGCUUGUCAAGAUUGUACUUGGAUGAUUAUGAUUUCUGAGAUGGAUGAGAAUCGUGUUACCAUGGCCAAAACUUUUGUUGACGUUUGCAAAAAAGUUGAUGUGAAAAAUCUGUGUUUCCUUUCGACGCUUGGCGCAAAUGAUGCAAAGGAAAAAAGUCUUUGCGAUUUCAGAGAAAUGGAAAGAUGCGUGGAAUCGACGGUUGACUAUUGGACCAUUUUAAGGUUGUCUUUUCUUGAUCAAAGAUUACACCAUUUUGCUCAAGAUGUUUCUGAAAAGGGCGUCCUCCCUCUUCCAAUUCGUUCCCAAGACAGUAUGGCCCCCAUUCACUUUGACGAUCUUCAGUGUGUUCUCGUUCAUCUGAUGUUCCGUGAAGAUGGUACUUUUAUCCCCAGAAUGGAUAGUAAACAUCAAAGGAAGCAUUACACUCUCACUGGUCCUGAAAUUGUUAACGGUGAAAUGAUGGUCAAUAUGUUAAACAAAGUUCUUGAUCGUGAAGAUGAGGAAAAAAUCACUUUUGAAGAAAUUACGCGUGAAGAGAGCGAGGAGUAUUUAAAAUCACCUUGCGACGAAAUUAAUGAAUUUACCACUGGCAUGAUUGGUAGUCUUUUACAGAAAUUUAAACACCUCUGGUCAGGAGCACCUGACAGUGAAGGCGAUGACGUUAAGAAACAAGAGAAGAAAGAUGAUACGGAAGACCUCACCCCUCCACUCUGCCCAUGUGAUAUGGAAAUAGAGAUCAUCUUGGACUUUUUCGAUUACGUCAAAGAAGGUAAAGCGAAUCAUGUCUCAGGAGACUUUAAAAAGAUCACUGGUGAAGAGCCCAAGAGAUUGGUCGACUUUUUCAAGAGUCAUCGUGAUGAGUUUGAUCGUCGCCGUCAAUAA